AUGGACGAGUCCAAUGGCCAACAAAAUGAGGCAGUCCAAGAUGAGACAGCAUCAGAGUCACCCAAUAGUACCCUUGCAGAUAAGAUUUGCGUGCGUCGGUUUCCGCCUUCCAAGCAGCACCUAGUCUCGAUCUUUGACCUGUUGCGCUCCUAUGAAGUUGUUCUGUAUGCCGAUAUCCCAAUUGCACGACUCUUCGAAGCUCCACUUGUCAGUUCUUUUAAGGCCGAGGAACUUAGUUACAUGUUCAGCGUCGGCCUUCUCCAAGAGGAUGGAAGCUAUCAUCUUCAUAUUGCCGAAGGUAAUGUAGUAGUGAAGUUAUCAAAAUUUGAUCACGACUUUUUGAGCACGACUAUUCCAUGCCGACUAGCUGAUCCAAAGUCAUACCCCAGUGAUAUUGACGCAGAAAUUAGCGCUACUGAGCUCGCAAUAGCGCAGAUAGCCUCCUGGAAACACUUAGCACCCCAAGGUAGGUUACAUGCGCGAGGAGCCCAUAUCAGAAGUUUCAUGGAUCUAGAUGGAUAUAUUCACUCAUAUGACACAGUGAUACAAAAAACCGAUGUUGUGCUCGCACCUCUAUCCAACAGGGCUGUGUCAUUACGGGACCUACAGCGCACGCUACCUCAACAUACUGCCACCAAACCGCCUAGAACAUCCGGUACCACGCCUUUGGCUACUUCGGAUAAUCCGGAUACCUCACGACCAAUUGCUAGGAGGAAACGCAAGAGUGGGUCUAAUUGUGUCCGAAGCAAUUUCAAACUACUGAUUUUAGAUUUAGUCCCGGAUCGUGGCCUUCCAUGGACCACGAACGAAAGUGGUGAUCUGCUUGGAUGGUUUCAGCAAAAUCAGGAUUUAUCACAGGAAGCUAUUGAGGAGCAAUAUUACGUGGAUACGGUUGAAAAGAGGAGCUAUGCUUCUCCGCAGUCCAAACUGUAUGCGAAGAGAUGCGGCCACUUAAGUCACAAUAAGAAAAGGGCUUCCGACAAAACACACGCGGAAUGCUUUCUCCAUCUCUAUCAAACAGAUGCAUAA